UAUUUUCUAUAUACGUACAUUAGCAUACCAAGCAACUUAUUAAUCAUGUUUUUAUUAGCUUAUAAUUAUCAUAUAUAUCCGUACAUGGUCAUGUUAUUAUUACAAAGUAUAUUCCAAACUAUGAUAUUUAUUAUACAUCAUUUUCUUGUAUUUUCACCAAGAAGAAAAAUUUAACAAGUUGAAAUUACAUAAAAGCCCUCCUCACACACACAUGACACACAUACAUACACCUCUAUAUAUAUAGUCACGAGAGUCACUUACAAAACCCAACCAAACCACACAUAGCAUAGUGAUAUACAUUAGAGUCCAUCACACUCACUUUGUCUCUACCAGAGAUUAAUUUUAGCCAUGAUGAAAGGCUUCUUAAUCUCCACACUAGCUGUGGUACUUCUAUUACUACUAAGUACAGCCCAAGCAUCAUCAAACAACAACAACUGUUGGAAGAAGAAAGAGCAAGGCUCAACCUUAGAGGUGUUCCACGUGUACAGCACGUGCUCACCAUUCCGACCACCUGAGGCCACCUCAUGGGAGGAGAGUGUCCUCCAAAUGCAGACCAAAGACCAAGCCAGGGUGCUUUACCUCUCCAGCCUUGUGGCUAGGAAGUCUGUGGUGCCCAUUGCUUCAGGAAGACAGGUUGUCCAGAGCCCAACAUACAUUGUCAGAGCCCAGAUCGGUACACCUCCACAGACCAUGCUCCUAGCCAUGGAUACCAGCAACGACGCCGCCUGGAUUCCAUGCGACGGUUGUGUCGGCUGCUCUUCCACCGUCUUCACCCCUCUCAAGUCCACCUCUUACAAACCUCUUCCUUGUUCCGCUCCUCAGUGCAAUCAGGUACCCAAUCCUACUUGCAGUGGCAGCGCGUGUAGUUUCAACAUGAGCUACGGUAGCUCUACCAUAGCAGCUUCCCUAUCUCAAGAGACUCUCAAACUGGCCACCGACGCCAUCCCAGCCUACACCUUCGGUUGCAUCAAUAAAGCCACUGGCAGUUCUGUACCACCACAGGGUCUUUUGGGCCUGGGCCGAGGCCCACUCUCUCUUCUUUCACAGACCCAAAAUCUUUACAAAUCCACUUUCUCUUACUGCUUGCCCAGUUUCAAGUCCCUUAACUUUUCUGGGUCACUCAGACUUGGGCCUGUUGCACAGCCCAUAAGGAUUAAGUACACUCCAUUGCUUAAAAAUCCAAGAAGAUCAUCACUUUAUUAUGUGAAUUUGGUGGGUAUUAAGGUGGGAAGGAAAACUGUUGAUAUUCCUCCCAGUGCUUUGGCUUUCAAUCCAACCACUGGUGCUGGCACUAUCAUUGAUUCAGGCACGGUGUUUACCCGAUUGGUGGUUCCCGUUUACACGGCGGUGCGAGAUGAGUUCCGUAGGCGCAUGGGAAAGGCGGUAGUUUCCUCGCUCGGGGGUUUCGACACGUGCUACUCAGUCCCUAUCACCGUGCCCACCUUAACAUUUAUGUUCGCGGGCAUGAAUGUGACAUUGCCACAAGACAAUUUCCUGAUCCACAGCAGCUCUAGUAACCUCGCGUGCUUGGCGAUCGCGGCCGCACCGGACAAUGUGAACUCGGUGCUUAAUGUCAUUGCCAACCUUCAGCAGCAAAACCACAGGCUGCUCUUUGAUGUGCCCAACUCAAGGCUUGGAGUGGCCCGUGAGACAUGCUCUUAAUUAAUUACUACAUUACUAGUAUUAUUAAUAGUAGUUAUGUUUUUUAUUAAUUAGCUUUGUGGUGGUCUUGGUCUCCAAUUGUCGUUUUUGGUAUUGAUUUUGUCGUUUAGGGAAGUUAUGGAAAUGUGUUACUUUGUUGGGGGUAUCUCUAUUGUACUUGUUUAUUCCCAACUCUAAAUCUUAUAAGAUGAAAUCCAAAAAUAAGUACUAAGUUUGUACUUCUUAGCUUUUUGUCCAAAAA